ACCUCACUCGAGCGCCGAUCGCGCGACAAGCGACCCACCGAACCCCGGCUUGAACUCGGCGCGAGUCGCCGCGAGUAACGCGAACGCGAGCUCCGGCCAUCCGGCGAACGGAAAUCUCGAAGUUCCCCGUGCUGACACAUGUGAAAUUGUUCGACGACAACUACGGAAGACUCUCCAAGACGAAAACAGUGCGAAGUUUUAGGCCCGCAUAGACGAGACCAGGUGACUGGCGUGAAUUGACGGUUCGAAUAUCUUCCGGAUUUUGAUGACCUUAUGAGUGGUCUCGCGACGUGAUUUGAAUAUAAUUGUUGUUCUUCUCGAAGAGUACACGAGCAAAUGUAACGAUAUAAGAAUCCGUUUGAAUGUCAGUGGUGUCUAUUGAGACACGUGCUACCUAGGCAAAUCGAGGACAACCGCUGGCUUGACGCAAGAAGCAAUCUGCGUUGAAGCGAACUGCAAUGAUUUAUAGAAAAGGAUAAGAAGACCAAUCAUCAGAAGGAGAUCACCGAUUGCGAUUUCACACGACGCGCAGGUUCGAUCUCGUUUUCUCGGUAAAGAGACCAAGCGCGAGACAGACAAAGAAGCACGGUGUAGAUAAGAAACGACGAAGUCGGCGAACUGCGACGAGCGAAGAAACGACUGACGCAGAUAGAAGAACGCGUGCGCGCAGAAGAUAUCGUGGUGGCUAAUCGCGAGCGAAAUUGAUGACAAACAUGACAGUUGAAACGUGACGAUCGAGACGUGACAUCCGAAAUUUUACGAAGGGAAAGAAAGGCUCACAACACAAGACACAUCGAAGAAAGUAAUCGAGCUGGAAACUCCGAAGAAGCGGAAGCGACUCGCCGCGAUGAUAAGGCGAUAACAAAAGCGAUAUCGGAGUGAUAAAUUGGACGAUUGACGUCUCCUCAUUGCAGCUGGGAGAUGAGCAUGUUUUUUGCGUGUCGCGCGCGAUAAUUCGGCACGUCUGAUCGUGUGUGAUCAUUCAUACUUUCCACGAUACCGAUCUUCAGUGAUUUUCGUUAUUCGCGCGACGACGCGACGAAGGGGAUGAAGAUGAACGACGUCAAGCCGGAGAGCAGCGGCACGUCGAUUUCGCCGGUGAACGGCAACAAUAAUAACAAUAACAACAACAAUAACAGCAUCGGUAAUGGCAAAACGUCGGUGACAGCCGCCGCUGCGGCGGCGGCGACGGUGGCCGCCAAUGGCGGCGAGGGAAUCAGCGCUGCCGUCGCAAAGGUUCUUCAGGGAUACGACUGGACCCUGGUACCCGUUGCUACCAAGGGCUCCGGCGACAAAAGGGCGGCCCACGUCAAGAGGCCCAUGAACGCGUUUAUGGUGUGGGCCCAGGCUGCAAGGCGAAAACUGGCCGAUCAGUAUCCUCAGCUUCACAACGCCGAGCUGUCGAAAACGCUGGGAAAAUUAUGGCGGCUCUUGUCUGACAACGAUAAGAAACCCUUCAUCGAAGAGGCCGAUCGUCUGCGAGUUAUCCACAAACGCGAGCACCCUGAUUACAAGUAUCAACCCCGACGUCGGAAGCAGAACGGACCGUCUUCCGGUCGCGAGAGUUCGCCCACGAGGAAUCAGAGCAACGUCACGUUCAGUGUCACUAGGUCGUUAAAGCAGGAGGACAUGAGUCCUAGAGGCAUUCAAGGACCUAAUUCACCGCAGAGUGGCGUGAGUUCCUCGCCACCCACGACACCCAGUCAGGGUCUCUCACCACCGACACCCCCUACGACACCCAGAGGACAACACUACAUCAAUCAGGGCAAUCAGCUUCCGCAGAACAACACGAUGUACUACCAGGAGAUGGUCAGCGGCACGCCGUCGAGCGAGUCGCCGCAUCAGCAACCGGCGGUCGAUCUUCGGUACAUCGAGGUCGGAGACGGCCUCCCCGGCGAGGAGAACCAGUUGAACGGCCUCGGCACUUUGGGCGGGCUCGGUCUGAAUCUCCCGGUGAACUUCCAGGAGUGCGAGGUCGAGAGCAACGAGCUCGACCAAUACUUACCGCCCCAGACCGCGCCGAUACAUCAGUAUCCGCCCGUGCAAGUCACCACCGCCUCGCAAUGGUUACUCAACAGAUACGAGGAGGAGAUCGAGAGACCGAUCAAACGCCACUGUUCGGAACAGGCGAUCGCGGAGGUGUCCUCAUGGGAGGACAGGACUCAGGAGAUGGUCAGAUACCAUGAGCUGCAGCCUCCCCUUCCGCCGGUCCAGUACAUAUCCGCCCAUAACGCGCAUCAUUCGCACGCGAGUACGCAGAUGGGCCAUCCGCACGUGUCCACGCCAUACGCACAAUAUGCGCAUCGCUAUGUAUCUGGCAUCGAAACGUGGCCGAAUUACAUGUAGACCAAAGCGAGGUAAACACGACUACCAUUUCUCGUUUCGCGGCGUCAAAAUACGCCGCGCUAUCGUUAAGCCGGUUCGAUUUUUACGAAAGCGAGUAGAGAAAAAAACUCCGCUUAGUAAUCCGUUUCGGAACUGCCGCGAAAUAUUCGAGAAACUGAUUUUCGGAACUCGACACUAUUUCUUACUCGAAAAGCGUCAUUUCAAAUUUAAAUUUUCGCUAAAUGUACCUCAAAAGUUCUUAUUUAAGUACGAUAAUUAAUAAAAUUAAACUAAAAAAGAUCAAAGACAUAUAUUUAUUGAAAUUUUACUGAAGUUAUUGAGAAUCAAAGACUUAUCCGGUUUCUGCAAUUUAUUCACGCAGAAGAUUUUAUUUUUAGUAACAUAAUAAUGUUUGUUAAAAAUAUCACAUCGAAGGGAGAUCAAUGUCGAGUUCUUUGGAGAAUUCAUCUACGAAAUAUUUUUUGGUUGAUCCACGGAAUAUCCUGUAGAUAAUGACGCUGAUAAAAAUAUGUACGAAACGCGUCGCGUGAAAUAAAGAAAGAAAAUGGAGAUGCUAUUUUGUUACAUCGACUUUAGUUGCGAGUGCAGAUUAUAUAAAUAACUUGUGAUCGGAUCGAUCGUCGUGGUGUUAGAUUCCAUUAUAUAAAUAAGCCCGAAAGGGAUAGCCAAAUACAACGUAAUUAACGUAAUUAAUUACAGAGAUCCACCUUAUUAAUAAUAACGUAUACAAGUUUGAUAGAGAAUUGUGUACGCAAAAUGCGCGACGAAACGCGAGCUUCGUGUGAUAAAGUUUGCAAUUAGCGUAAUGCAGACAUUUCGAACAUCCAUUUAUUUCGGCAAUCUUCUUUCUUGAUAAGACAACCGAUGUCGCUUUUAAUAAUAUUGUUUGAUAAUAUUGUAAAUUUGAAAGAUAAAUAGAAAGAAAAGGAAACAUCGAUAAAUUUCAAAGUCACCACUUUCCACAAGUUCGGUUCUUAUCGCUCUAAUAACCGUACAAUUUUGAUAUCAAUUACGUGCAAAUAUCGCGUAACAUCCGUCUAGAUUAAAACACGCCAAAUAGGAGCUCGCUACAUCGGAUAGUAUAUGUUGAAAAGUGUAAAGAAUAUAAUAUAAUUUUUAUGUAACAUUGUGAAUAUUUCAAAAACAAGAAUUAAGUAGGAUUUAUUGCCGGUUCGCCUUCCCAAUUCAAAUGAGGAAUGCGAAGAGGAAAUAUGUGUAGAGCGCAUAGAGAAAUUGCGCUUCAACUUACUAUAUAGUUGUACAAAUCUGCUAGAGAUACUCAAGUCAGAGAAUCUGGCAGAAUUAAAUCACUUGGCUUGGCUGAUUAAUCACUUUGCCCAGAUUUUUUUAUUCUUUUUGAGACAAAAACAAUAAUCCUACACACCCAUCUUUCUUUUCUCAAUAUUUAUAUUCUUAGUUUGGAAUUUUUUUUUUUAUGUAAUCCUUUUACCUUUAUGAUAUCUAAAGCUAACACUUUGUUAUAUUCCAUUGCAUGUUCUUGAAUAAAAUUUUGAUGCCAUCGGAGAAAAUAUAGAUUAUUUUCUUUAAAUUAAAAUUGAAUUUUGCAUAAUGCUUUAAUAGAAUGUUAAUCGUAAAAUAUAAUCGUCGCGAUUUGUUAACAGCAUUGUUGCUUGCAAUCCGAGAUUGCGCGCUACUCGAUUGUGCUCGUUGCUCGACGCGAAAAUGGCGGAUUGGCCAUUCUCCGGCUUGAGAGUCUCUACUACGUGGACGAGGCGCGGCCACGAUACUCACCAUGACAUCAUUCCAUGACAGCCGGCCAUUCCAAAGCGCAGAAUUUCAGGCCAAACAAACAGGCGGCCGCUCGAUAUAUAUAUAUAUAUAUGUACGAUGUCCGACGGCGCGUUCCAUAUGUAAUAAUAUAUACGUACGCGCGAGACGGCGAUCGGCCGUCAAAUUCAAAUAAACGACUGAAAUACGAUCGAGGGUGGCAACAAAUGUGCACUCGGCGCUUUCCGUUUUAACGGGCCGAGUAUUUCAGGAGUCGGAAUUCGCGCGAUUCAAAAUUCGAUGGUGAAACGGUUGAAACAGGAUUUUCCAAUCGGCGCAAUUGAUUCUCUCAACAUUAGAUUGGAAUCGAAUAUCGAACGUAAAUUGAUAAGUUUUCAAUAAACUUUCGCGAAUCAUCUCAAUGAAAAUGAAUUUAAACGAUAUCUCGGAGUUUGCGAUGACCGAAUCGAUCUGUCGGAAAUGAAUGUAUCGAGGACCGAUUGGCCUGAUAUCGAGCGUGCAGCUAUUGUAAAUGAGCUUACAGCUCCAUAUUAAAUCACGUAGAUCACAUAUACUAUACAUUAUUAACACUUACUAGUUUCUGACACAGCCGUGCUUUUGUACUUAGAUAUUUAUUCAUCGCAUUUUUACGAGAAUUAAUAGAAAGCGUAGAUUAACAUCUCGGCACUCUAGUUGUGCACACUGAAAGGCGAGCACUAAAAUCGUAAUUUAUAAGUACGAUGUACGCUAAUUUGUAGAAAUAAAGCAACAAGAGAGACUAAG